ACACGAUCGCACUCGUAAGGGCAAGAAGGGACCAAGAGCUGUAUUUCGCGGGCAUGGGCACUAGUUUCGCUCGCAUGAAAUCGAGGGAGUGGAAGUGGGAGGACGUGUGGGCGAGGUUGCAGUCGAUGGGCGUGACGAGGGAUGCCGUUGACUGCGGGAAGAAAUGGGACAACUUCAUGCAGCAAUUCAAGAAGAUCCACAAGUUCCAGAACCUCUCCGACGGGAAAGACUACUUCAAGCUUGCAUCGAAGGACAGGCGAUCGGAGGGCUUCAGCUUCGUCAUGGACCGGAGCGUGUACGACGAAAUGGAGGCCAUGACGAAGGGGGAUCACACGAUCCACGCGAAAAAUUUGGCGGACACGGGGGCGACCGGUGGGGUUCAGAUGCCGGCAGGCACGGGGGCUGCAGGGGACACCAUGGCCACUGAGGGUGGAGGGGACACAGCCGAUGAGGAGCAGGGGUCGACGAAAGACUCCACAUUCAGCGCGGGGAGCGACGACGGUUAUGGGAAGAGGAAGAACAUGCGGCAACAAACCUUUGAGGCCGUCGCCAACGUCAUGGAAAAACAUGGUGCGCUUAUGGCGAGCACAAUGGACAGCGCGAGCAAGCGGCAGUGCUCAAUGAUGUCAUGUCAGUGCGAAAUCCUGGAGAGCGAAGUCGAAGUGCAGAUGAAACAUUAUGCUGCGGCGGAUGAGUCGAACAGAAUGAUGUCGGCGCACACGCUGCACAGCGACAACAUCCACGCGGGACGCCCUCUGCCUUUUCUCCUCGUCGUCGCAGAGUCGCUCAUUUCUUCGCUGUCGUUGUCGACUUGGUUUGUCUUCGACGUCGUUGUUUCUUCGCUGUGGAUCUUUUCGAUCUCCUUCUCGCGGCGGAACCUUCUCGCCGCGGAUCCGUAUCACGCCUUGAGUGGUCCGACGUCCAUCAGUCGCCAACAUCUUCUUCUCGCCGCGGAGCGGUGCACGCUGGCUUCGUCUCCUUCAUGUGUGGGACUUCAUCAGUGUCGUUGUCGAUCGUCGCUCUUGCCCUUCAUCGUCCUCCCUCUCGCCGUGGAUCCUUCUCGCCGCGGAUACAUUUCGCCCCUUCGGAGGUCCGCCGUCACUUCGCGAAGAUCUUCAUCUCACCGCGGAGAAGUGUCUGCAGGGUUCAUCUCCUUCUCGCGUUCGCGUCCACGUGGACGUGGUGUGCGUGGCGAGGGCGAGGACGAAUUGCUCCCCAGGGCGGCAAAGGCGCUUGUUCGUCGUCGACGCGAACAAAGGCGUGGCCACAAACGGCCAUUGACGGAGGCGGGAAACAUGUCUACGCACGACGGCGCACGUGGAAAGAAGCGGGAAAACAUCCCCGCGGACAGUCAGGGGCGUGAAAGGGCCAACGAGGAGGAAGAUGACGACGAGUUCACGACGGAGGAGGAAGCAGCAGAGGAGAAUGUGGCGGCGCCUCGGGGAAGCACUCUUCAACGGUCGUGUGAUCUGAGCGGUGCGAGAAGAUUGGCGACGCCCCCUCCGAAGGCGCAACAAGUGCGUGCGCACAACACCCAAAAGGCGAAGGAGGUCGUCGUCGAUGUCGGCGGCGAGGACGACGAGGCGUUGGAGCGCCGUAGACAGCGCAAUGUGACACAAGGUGCCACGGUGACGGCAGUCAGGAUACGCGCCGCGACUGAAGAAAGGCCACCUCUGGGUGGCGUGCCCUUGACGUCAUCCCAGCCGUGCCUGCGCAACACGGCUGCAGAGGGGGGCUCCAUGGAACGAGGGGGAGGGGAGGGGGCCCAGCAAGAAACACACGUGGCGGGUGGGGUUGCCAUCGCUGCAGCAGCCGCGGGGUGUUCAGGCAAUGUUGGUGUCGUGGCGAGGGCAAGAGAGGAGGUCCUUGUUGUGGAGCGGGAGGCGGCGCCCGUCGACAACAACGGGGAAAGGGAGGAUGAAGACCCCCUUCUAAGCCGGGUUCGGAGGGGAGGAAUGGCGAGAGAUCUGGCCAACUGUGCCCGCUUGUGGGUCGAUGACAAAGCCGGAAUGCAAACGCCCCCCGUGCCCAGGAGCGUCGUCAUGCCGAAAUCGUCGACGACCCUCACAAGGAUUGCGGAUCCCGCACAACUGCAGCAGGCGACCGCCCGCGCGACGACAGCGGAGAAUAUCGCUCUGCGCGUCUUGCAUGGAUGGGUCUUCAAGUCCGGGAACCGCCCCCGAGGAUUCAAUGUCGCUUUCCAGUACACGUUGGAGUCGGUGGCGACAGACAUUGCGCGUGUCAUGUGGAACGACGAGGAGUGGAGUAAGGUCGUUAGCGUGCCCGUUUGCGUGCACACAAUCGACCUGAACAUGGACUUGCCAUUGUGGUUUGCGGGCACGAACAUCGAAGACAGGCCGGAGGACAACGACAUGGCGGCGCACAAGGAGUCUACCGUCGUAUGCAUCGCGUAUGCGUUUCGCACCGCGGUGCAAAUGGGUGGCAUCGUCAAUGGCGGUUUCAUCUCGCACGAGCGUCUGUGUAGAAUUGCAGAUUGCUUCAGAUUGUUGUUGGCUGCUUGCAUGUGGUUGAUGCGCAUGGCGGGAGACGAUGUGCGCAGCCACUAAGAAGCCUUUUACUUCGCAAAGCUGGUCGCAAAGCCCACGCU